AGUCGGCAGGACGCCUCGCGCCUCCCUCCACGCGUCGCACACCGCUCGCCUCCCGCCUCUCCCCUCUCGCCUGUCGCCGUUGGCGCCUGGACCAGGGUGAUCGUCUCCGCGGAACCCCCGGCCGCCAGGCCUCGCCAACAUGAGCGCCCCCGACGAGGUGUCUGUCCGGGGAGCGGGUUUCGGCCCGGAGGGCGGGGAGCAGGCCAGCGGAGCCCCGCGGGGACCAGGACUAGGUCUGGAUCCCGGGCCGCCUCGGAGCGGCGAGGGUGAGGGCGGGUUCCCAGACCCCGAGGGCUUCGAGUCCGAGCGGGAAGUGAUGGAAGCGGGAGGGCCGGUGCUUUGGGGCCGCGAAGGCCGCCCCGGCACCCCGGCCGACGACAAGGGGGACGCCCUGGACUACGCGUCCCACCUUGCUGACGAGUCCGGGGCCGCCAGCGUGCAGCAGCUGACCGACCCGGAUGCCCUGGGCGUGCGGAGAAACCCAUCCCCAGAGAGCUGCGCCGCUGAAGGGUCUGGCGUUUGGGCGGGCCUAGAGGCAGGGCCCGGUGGUCGAGGCGCGCUUGCCCUGAGCCGCGGAGAAUCGCAGCCGCCUUCCGCCGUCCCGCUCCACCUCGGUGGGCCCGAGGGAGCCCGGCCCCGGGGGAACCCGAGAAGAGGUCCCAAGAGCAGGUCCACCGUCAGGGUGGAUCGCCAGCGGCCCUCCGCCAAAGGCCCGGGCCGGCGGCCUUCCGACCCCGAGUCAUCAGAUGAGUUCGGUGAGAUACAGCUGAUGAGGGUGAGCAUUUGCUCCAAAGAAAGAGGCCAAGCCAAGCCCAACAGCCCCGAGGAUCCCGGGGACACACCCAGACAACCGAGUUUCCAUGUCAGGGAGAAUUUCCUUCACGUGCCAGGUUCUUUCCUGUCCUCGGCUCCCCGAGGAUUCACUUCGGUUGUGGAGAGGCAGGCCGUGGGAGAGUUGGACAUCUCCUCCUCUAAGAAAAUGCAAAGUGUGGUCUGGGGGAAGGGAGGGAACAGGCCCAGCUACCCGGUAGCCGCAGCCGCCGCUGCCGCCGCCGCUGCUGCUGGCAGCCUGCCCCCGGCCACCCCUAGGAAGAAGGUGGCCCAGGAGAAGAAAUCCCUAGGGGGGGCCUCAAAAGUUACCCAAGGGAGAAGCUUUCCUCCCUGGGGGCAGAGAGUCUCGGCAGCUCCCCUGGAACCAGCCACCUUCCCCCCAAUCUCUGGGGUUCCGCUGCUUGGGAGGAACAAGAGGUAUUCCUUGGUUCCAUCGGGAAGCAAACAGUCCAAGCACACCGGCCGCUCCCGGAAGAAAUCUGGGCCCAGGAGGACACGGGAGUCGGAGCCAGUGGUGGUGACAGGAGAAGGCAGUGACUCAAACAGAGACACAGUGCCCAAGGGCCAACUUCCAACACACAGGCCAGGGCCAUGUUGUUCGGGCAUGCAUCGUGGAGAAUGCAGCAGUGGCGACCUCGACACCAGAGCCCCCGAAGUUCCAGGAAGCUCCGCGCCCUCAGCCCUGAGCCAGGGAGACGUCAUGCCCAGAGGGCGUGCACCCUCCAGUGACCAGGAGCCGCUUGACCACCUCCCAAGACCGGAAAGGCUGCAGCAACCACCUGGAACACAGGGCUGUCCUCGGUGUGUCGUGCUACAGAGAGAAAUAGACGACCUGAAAGAGCAGCUUGCGGCCAUGCAGUCCCUGACUGACAAGUUCCAGACCCUUUGAAGUCGGGCCCAGCAUCUCCGUACAAGAGGAUCAGCUGGUACUUCUGGAGCCAGGAAGUUGUGGCCAAGCUGGUUCCCUCCUGUUCCACCUCAGCCAGGGCUUCCUCUCCCUGUUCUUGUGCCCCCUCCCCACCCCAGUUCACAGCAGUUUCAAAUUAAAGUACCUCUCAGGUCUG